GUGCGGCGAUCGGUGGUGCGCUGUGUCCCUGGGACACAGUGGAUCACCGAUCACGGAAAGAGCCGAAGAUGUCUGCUCGGUCAUGUGAUCAGCUGUGUCCAAUCACAGCUGAUCACAUGUAAACAGGGAAAUGCCGAUUAUCGUGACAGCUCGAGAGGAGAGGAGAGCCGGAGACAUGUACACUGAUGAUCAGUGUAGCCCCAGCAGUGCCACUCAGUGUCCAUCAGUGCCUCGUGCUAGUGCCCAUCAGUGCCACAUAUCAGUGCCUACCAGUGCACAUCAAUGCCACAUAUCAGUGCCCAUCUGAGCUGCCUUUCAGUGCCGCCUCUCAGUGCCAGUCAGUGCCGCCUUUCUGUGCUGCCUAUCAGUGCCAUAUAUCAGUGUCAUGUAUCAGUGCUACCUUUCAGUGCCCAUCAGUGAUGCCUGUCGAUGCACAUCAGUGCCACCCACCAGUGCCUCCUCAUCAGUGCCCAUCAGUGCAGCCUAUCAGUGCCCAUCAGUGCAGCCUCAUUAGUGCAUAUCAGUGAAGGAGAAAAUUCACUUAUUUACAAAAUUUUAUAGCAUAAACUAAGAAAAAAUGUUUUUUU